AUGUCUGCUCUGGUCCAUGACUCGCCCGACCGAGCCGUCACGGCCAUCGAGCCUUUGACGGGAAACGACAACUUCGCGACCUGGAAACGUCUCAUGACCUCCUAUCUCAAAGCAAGGCAGGUCUGGGAUGUUGUGUCGGGCGAUCUUCAGCGUCCCGACUGUCUAUUCAAGUACGCCAAACCCAUUACGGCGGACAUCCACCCCUUGGUGGAGCCCCACCUCAAUGGGGCGGUGAGGCAGCUAGCCAUUGAAGCGCGCCUCGAAGUGGAGGUCCAGGCAUUCGAGCGCCACCGUGAAUGGUCGCGCCGCGAAGCUGAGGCCUACCACACCAUCUUCCGGUACCUGUCCCCCCACAUCAGCAUUCAUGUUCUGGGACUAGAGACGUCCCGUGAUCUCUGGAAUGAACUUGAAGAACGAUACCGGCGGAUGGAACUCGCCACUUUCUGCGAAUUGUUUGCCCAACUUCGCGAGACAACCGGCGAACGAUGCGCCAGUGCGCGUGAUUUUGUUGAUCGCGUACGGCUGCUCGUACAUCGAUUGAAUGCCAUUGCUCCAGGAUCAAUCGGUGACAAGACACAUAUUGCGAUCCUGCUCACGCAGAUCGGACCGGAAUACAUCCUGGUUGUGGAUGCCAUCCAGAAUGACAAGGAUCCGGUCAACCCGACCACGAUCGGAAAUCUGCUGUCCAACGCCGAGCAGACGGUCCGAAGAAAGGAGUCUCCCGCGCCUCUGCAGGGAGCCCUAGGACCGUCGAUCAAUGCAGUACAGAGAAAACUCAAGAAAUGUACAUACUGCAAGAAGCGCGGCCAUGUGGUCGCGCAGUGCUGGAAGAAACAGCGAGAAGUACAGCCGUCCAGGGACCAUGCCCUGAAGGCAGAACGGAGUGUUUCCGGCUCACCAAGAAACAAUUUGCAAAAUAUACCAUCAAGCCAGAUGGGAGAUCGGCAGGGCCCGCCGACUCCCAAGAGACCGAGGAUCAAUAUCGUGAGGGCGAGGGUGACGACCCUUUAUACCCACGCACCGCAACCCCGGUGGAUCCUGGACUCCGCCGCCACCAGCCACAUCUGCUGGGACCGGAGCUGCUUCAGCAGUCUGCGGCCCCACCGCGAGAUGCUGGACACGGCGGGCGAUCCAGUGGAAGCCGAAGGGAUUGGUACGGUGAAGCUCACGCUCCGGGGGAAGUUCAACCAACCUCUGGUGUUAAAGAAUGUGUACUUCGCGCCACGCGUCGGGAUGAACCUGAUCAGCGUGCCGAAACUGUUGCGAGACCGCUACUCGGUGGUGGCGCACCCGCAGAACGUCUUUGUGCAACGCCGAGGACGGACGGUGGGGACCGCCUACCAUGCGGAGGAGGAUCUACUGAUCCUGCGGUGCCAUGUGAGCAAGAGAUCUCGAGAGCGAGUCCAACUGGCGAGGGCGCCGGCGACCCAUGGCCAUGCAGAUUCCCUGGAACCGCAGGCGGUGGCUAUGGACGUCGACGACCCUCAGGAGUCAAGUGGCGCAGAAUGCGCAGCGUCAACCUCUGAACUCGGUGGUGAAGCUGUGAUACUCGAAGAAGAUGCGUGCAAAGGAGUGGACCAGGCCUCCGAAGUGUUGUGGCACACUCGGAUGGGACAUCUGAACCGGGGAGACUUGAGGGUGGUCCUCCGGCGGACCGGCACUCCGUACCGACCACUGACGCAGGCGCAGCUGCUGGCAACGCCGCAGUGCCAGGCGUGCAUGUCGGGUAAGCAGUAUCAGAAGAGGAACUCCCGUGCAAGACGGCCACGUCUGCAUUCGACGAGAACGUUUGAAAUGAUCCAUUCGGACAUUAUGGAGAUGCCGAUUGCCAAAGAUGGCUCCAGGUACGUGAUCACCUUUACUGACGAUUAUUCUCGUGGUUCGUGGGCAUAUGCCAUGAGAUGGAAGCAUCAAGCGCUCCAGAAGUUCCGGCAAUUUGAUGCCUGGGUGCACCGUCAGUUCGGCGCCCACAUCAAGAGGUUCCUCACCGACAACGGGAGAGAAUACUUGCCGAUCGGAACACACCUCGAGACCCAGGGAGUUGAGUUUGACACCUCGCCGCCAUACUGUAAAGGGCAGAAUGGUUUGGCCGAACGCACGAAUCGCACUAUCCGGGAGCGGACCAACACGCUCCUGUCCGAUGCGAAACUUCCUCCUUCCUGGUGGACCGAGAUUUUAGAAACGGUAGUCUAUCUGAAGCUGCGCGCUCCAGCAUCAAUCCUACAGAAAACGACACCGUACGAAAUAAUUUACGGGAAGCCGCCCUCGCUGUUGCAUUUGCGACGGAUUGGCUCCCGCGCAUGGGUGUUGAUCCCGAAAGAGCAUCGAGCAAAACUCGGACCCAGAUCAUCCGAGUGCCGAUUGCUAGGUUAUUGUGAACCGAACCAGUACAAGCUGUAUGAAAUUCAUUCAGGGAAGACAGUGUUUUCCCGUGAUGUCGAGUUCGAUGAGAGGACCCCAGUGGCGCCACUCAUCGGGGGGGAAACAGGCAACGACCUCCCGGACAAUGCUCCUCCAUCACCUGUCUUUCCACCACUGCCCUCAUCAGCUAGCGGGCUGCCAACACCACCUCUAUCGCCGAAUUCCUCAAACGAGGAAGAGAAAAUGCCAUCUGGGCGUGUGGAAGAAACACCGUCCGUGGUCAACCCAAGCCAACAGGAAGCCGGCCUAACACCGGACCUGGGGUAUUCGAUCUAUGGUCGUAGAAGGCGACCCUCACGCCGACUGUUGGAAUCUCUCGACAAGGUGUAUGCAGCAGGUACGCUGAAUCCCACAGCGAAGAGUGUUGACCCAUCCACGUUUCAAGAAGCCGUGUCCGGCCCGAAUCAACUAGAAUGGUGGGCCGCCAUCCAGAAAGAAUACGCGUCUCUUCUCGAGCACGGAACAUGGGAAAAGGUCUUCAAGACCAAAGCCAACGGAAUGCGCAAAGCGCGACUAGUCAUCAAAGGCUACCGGCAGAAGCAUGGCAUCGACUACCACGAAACAUUUGCUGCGGUGUCACGGAUGGACUCGGUCCGCUGCAUUAUCGCCAGCGCCGUAUUGCGCGGAUGGAAGCUUCACCAAUUCGAUGCUGUCACUGCAUUCUUACACGGUGACGUAGACUCGUCCAUUUACAUGGAGUUGCCCGAAGGCUUCGAAGAGCCAGGAUACGUGUGCCGGCUUCGCCGCUCCCUAUACGGUCUAAAGCAGGCCCCCCGGAUUUGGUACCAAUGCGUUCAACGCGUCCUAGCCGCUCGUGGCUUCACUAUGGCACAAUCGGACAACUGCGUGUUCUACAAAUCCAAUUGCGUGAUCUGUGUCUACGUCGAUGACUUUCUCGUUGCUGCAGCAAACUCGUAUGAGAUAGACCAAGUGCAACGAGCAUUGGAAUCAGAGUUCCAACUGAAUGAUCUCGGUACCCCACGUUCAUUUCUAGGCAUCCAAUUUGACUUCCAGGCCGAUGGAUCUGUGUCCAUUCACCAACACCAGUACAUCCAAAAGGUUCUCUCCGACUUCGGCAUGGAAGCCUGUCAGCCGAAGACUACUCCGAUGAAUCCCAAGCAAGUCUUGAAUCGCCAUCCAGACGAAGAACCUCCGGACGAGGAAACAAAAGCACGAUUUGCAACUGCCAUCGGUUCGUUAAUGUAUCUGAUGGUCGGAACGCGACCGGAUAUCGCGUUUGCGCUAGGCACAUUGAGUCGCUUCACGUCUCAGCCGCAAUCGCACCACCAGGUCGUCCUGCAGCGGUUACUUCGCUAUGUCAAAGCCACACAAUACCACCGCAUCACAUACCGCAGUGGUCAAUUGAUUGGAUACACGGAUGCCGACUUUGGUGGGUCCGUCGUCACUGACGGAGCCUACUCGACGUCCGGCUACGUAUUCCAACUUGCGGGUGCGCCGGUUUCCUGGUCGUCCAAGAGACAAGGGGAAGUAGCCACGUCUACGACUCAUGUCGAGUACAUUGGACAAUAUAAUGCCAUUUUGCAUCUACAGUGGCUCCGGACCUUCCUGGCCGAAACACAAUUGUAUCAGUCCCCGGUCACCAACAUCAUGGCUGACAAUCAGUCCGCUAUUGCCCUCUCGCGCAAUCCUGAGUUCCACAAACGGACCAAACAUUUCAACGUAAAAUUCCAUUAUCAGCGAGCAGUGCUGAAUACAGGCGAGAUCAGUCUUCAAUACGUUCCUACUGAGGAACAGGCCGCUGACGGUCUCACCAAGCCGUUGGGACCAACGGCUUUUGCCACGUUCUGUAGUCUCCUAGGAAUCGAAGCCUUGAAGACUCAGAGGCAACAAAUGUGA